GCAUUUAAGGCCAGAGAGAAUGGAGUGGAAGAACCACUUUGAGGUAAUGGCUGGGAACCAUCCAGGACUGAUGAAAAGAUAUCAACCUGCACAUCUAAAGAGGCCAAAUAUUUGUUGAUGGAGGUGUCCCCCUGCAGGGUCGGAGGGGGUGGGAGAGCCCCUCGGCCUUGCCCAGGCUUGGCACCGGUGGGGGCCCAUCACGGUGAAUCUCGGCCAGCCUGCUGCACCCCCGUGCCAGGCGGGCUUGGCGGCCUUGGCCGCUGCUCAGCCUUUGUUGUCUAGCGCGCUGCCUCUCUGGUUAUCAGUGUGGUCUAAAACAGAGGAGAGGAAUGCGGCCCAGCUGCUGAGCUGCCUGGGCUCAGCUCAGCUCCAGAACUUUCCCCUCGGGGCAGAGGAAGAGCUAAACCUGCUUCGCAGUCCUCACCUGGAACAAAGGGAAACGUUGCAAACCCAGAAAAGCAACCUGCGUGUCUUUCCUGGCUGAAGAGGAGGGGAGAGGUCUAGAGAGGCUGGCGUUUCCCUGAUAAGUGAUGGGGAACUUUUCUCACGUAGCGUGGGGCCAUCUGAAUGUCUGCUUUCCAGAAGUUCUAUUUAGGGCUUUUGUCACCUCAUCCCUGCCAGAGUGGCCUGUAUUAGAAGACUGGAAACCAAAGUCAGAGAGGGUGUGGAGGAUAAAAAAAAGUCCCCCCCGGCUUGGGGAGAAUGUGAUGAUGCAAUGCGUGGAAACAGUGUGGCAGCUCCUCAACAAAAAACGUAAAUGCCACGUGACCCAGCGAUCGCCCCGCGAGAGUCACCGGAAGAAGAUGAGGCACCGACCGAAGCGAGGACACACGCCUGUUUCCCAGCAGCACUCCCAACAGCCUCAGCGCGACGCAGAACGUGCAGCUGAGCAAGGAGAUGACGCUCGCCGGCAACCGGAGCCUGGCCGAGGGCAACCUGCUCUACCAGCCGCGGCUGGACUCGCUGAAGGCGCGCCUGACGCAGCGGUACCGGGAGCUGCAGGCGCUCCUCGAGGCCUGCCAGCUGAAGAAGACCCGGCUGGACCAGCAGUCGAGCAGCGCUUCCUUGGAAACCCUGCUGGCGCUUCUCCAGGCCGAAGGGGCCAAGAUCGAGGAGGACACCGAGAACAUGGCCGAGAAGUUCCUGGACGGAGAACUUGCCCUGGACGCCUUCAUCGACGUCUACCAGAGCCAGCGCAAGCUGGCCCACACGCGGCGGGUGAAGAUCGAGAAGCUCCAGGAGAUGGUGCUGAAGGGGCAGAGACUGCCGCAGGCCCCGGCCCUGCCGCUGCCCCGGGUGCCCGAGCCGGUGCCCACCGCCCCCCUGCCCUACCCCGCCGCGGAGGCCAGCGGGCCCCCCUCCGUCCUGCCUCGGCGCGUCCCUCCCCCACCGCCCCCGGUGCCCGCGGGACGCUUGGCCACACCUUUCACGGCCGCCGUGGGCCCAGGACCGGCCCUCCCGUACCCAGGACUCCAGUGCCCCCCGCUGCCGCCCCGCGCGGGCCUGCCCCCCCAGCAGGGAUUCUCCGCGCAGCUCGUGUCGCCGCCGAUCCCACCGGCGCUCCCGCAGAGGCCCCCGCCCCGGCUGCCCCCGCACCAGCCGGGCUUCAUCCUCUAGUGGGCCCGGCUGCGCCCGCCGCCUUUCACCCUGGGCCGG